GUCUUCUCUACUCCCAUGGUAGCAUCACCACCAUACACAAUUAUCAUCUUCAUUCCCACUCUCAUGGCUAAGUUUCAAACCUUCUUCUCCACUUUCUUUCUUACCCUUCUUUUCGCUUCUCUGGUUUCCGCCACCUUCUACCAAACUAUCUCUCCCGAUCAGUUACGUGCUCGUGAGAAACUCACACACAUUCGCUUCUACUUUCACGAACAGAUCACAAACGAGAAACCCUCUCUCCUCAUAAUCGACCCUCCAAAGAUCAUGGCAGACUCUCCUCUUCCAUUCGGGUCCAUGGUGGUGAUCGAGAACCGAUUGACGAUUGGACCUGAUGUCGAGUCCAAAAGGAUAGGAAAAGCUCAGGGCUUUUACCUCUCUGCAACCCAAAGGCCAGGUUUGGAUUUGGAGAUUGUGAUGAGUUUUACCUUGACAUUCUUGGAAGGAGAAUUCAAUGGCAGCACUUUGUGUGUGUCGGGGAGGAACGAGAUCAUGCUUCCAGUGAGAGAGAUGCCGAUUAUUGGUGGCACAGGUGCUUUCCGCUUCGCACGUGGUUUCGUUCAUGCUCGCAGCGUCAAGGUCGAUUACCACAAAGGUGAUGCUACAGUUGAAUACAAUGUCUACGUCUACCAUUAUUCCUCCACCACCUCUUCCUCUCAUCAUCAACGUGUUAACGAGGGUCUUAACUUCAUGACAGACCCCAUUCUCAGCAAAAUAUAAAUUUUCAAUAUCACAACUUUAGUCGCUAAACUUUAUUUAAGAAAAGAUGUUAAGUGGGGAACAAUCCAAAGACUAGUUCCUGGUUUACUCCUUUUAAGACUAUGAAUCGCUUAUAUAUAAUUAAUAAAUCUGAUGUACAGAAAAAGUUGAGUUUUUGUUGUAGUACAAAAGUUGCUUGAGUUAAAUAAUUUCUCACUUUAUAAUUUCUGUUUGGGAUUGUUGAUCGUUCGCUGUGUCCAUUUUGUAAUAGAUUAGAGAUAAUGAAGAGGAGAAAUCCACCAUAAUGAAGUACUUUUUCUUAUUGUCUUUUUA